AUGGUUUCAAUCCCAUGGGCUGCCAUUGUCUGUCUCUGCCUUCUGCUAGUAAUUGCCAAUGCCCAAGCACCGGCGGCUUCACCUUCUAAUGUGCCAACUCCAACACCACCACCACCACCUUCUACCCCACCAACUGCAUCAACACAGCCACCCACAGCUGCAGCAGCUUCACCUCAAACUCCACCAUCUUUGAGCCCAACCGUACCACCCCCUCAAAUCCCACCUCCACAAAGCUCACCCAUUUCAAGUCCAUCACAACCACCUGCAUUGCCACCACCACCAAUUAUUUCACCACCAGCACCUCCACCACAAAUUUCACCAACUCCAGUGCAACAGCCACCUGCACCAGUGCCCUCAUUACCAAAGGUGUCACCAGCACCAGCUCCGGUUAUGGAGUCACCAACCCCAGCAACAGUAUUAGGGCCAUCCCCUGCACCAGUUCCUGGCAAGCACAAGAGGCAUCAUGCCCCAGCACCAGCACCAACUGUCCCAAGCCCUCCUGCACCACCAACAGUUACAGAUUCUGAGGAAACAACACCAGCACCAUCACCAUCACCAAAUCUAGAUUUGAGUAAAGGAGUUUCAUCAAUGCAGCUGAAAGGAAUAUCUAUAAUGUGGGUGAACGCUGGAUUCGCUGUCAUUGUUCUACUGGCUGUCAAAGGCUAGAAAUCCACAUUGAAAUGUAUAUUUAUAUAGCUUACAACUUACAAGAAGACAUGAUUUUAGCAAGGGGCCGACUAUUUAUACGCACAGAGAAGAA